GAAUCUGGCGCGGCUGGGAAGAGCCCCCGAAAUUGGGCGAUUACGGGUUCGAAUCCCACUUGGGGAAGAGUUUGGGUUUAGAAGCGGGGAUUAGUUUAAAAAUUUCGGGGUACAAAGGUGAGCCAGGCUCUUGGAAGCCAGUGCCCCUUCGUUCUCUUAGCUCCUAAGGGGAUCUGAGUAGCCCAGGAGCUUAGAGGUUGCCUGGAGUAGGGAGGAAGGGUUGGAGCGUGGGGGCCAAAGCUGGGUGAGGGUAGCAGAGGAACCUCAAAGUCCCCUAAGGGAGAGGACUUUGGAGGGGGACUUGAGUAAAGGUUGGGAGAUAUUUUCAGUUGGGUCACCCAAUAGGAGAAGUUGAAUAAGGAGUUGGCCAACCAGCAAUGCAAGAGGUGGAGUCCAACGAGAGGAGCCCGCUCUUGGACCCCAACAUUCGGUCACCCGUCUCCUUCCCAGUGGCCAAUGUCUUCCAUGGACGGCGCCUGGCAUGUGCUGCGGUGCUUCUAGCAGAGCUGCUGGAGAGGGUGGCCUUUUAUGGCAUUACCUCGAACUUGGUGCUCUUCCUCAAUGGAACGCCAUACAACUGGGAGGGCACCCAAGCCAGCCAGGCCCUCCUGCUCUUCAUGGGCAUCACCUACCUGGUCUCCCCGUUUGGGGGCUGGCUGGCCGAUGCCCUGCUGGGCAAGUUCCCCACCAUCUUGGUCAGCAUGGCGGUCUACCUCUUGGGCAUGCUGGCUUUCCCUGCCAUGGCCAUCGCUCCCAGCCGCCAGUGGCUCUGCGGGGAGCUUCAUCAACGGCUCAUUGACAACUGCUCAACGUCUCUGCAGAGCAAUACCACGUCUGCUCCGUGCCCAUCGCAAGGAAACACGCGCUACUGUCUCAUCGCCACCUAUGUCGGCUUGGUGCUCGUUGGGCUGAGCGUGGGCUCUGUCAAGGCCAACAUCACCCCCUUUGGAGCUGAUCAGGUGAAGGAUCGGGGUCCGGAAGCCACCCGGCGUUUCUUUAACUGGUUUUAUUGGAGCAUCAAUUUGGGAGCCAUCCUUUCCCUGGGAGGCAUCGCGUACAUCCAGCAGAACCUCAAUUUCGCCAUUGGCUACAUCAUCCCCGCUGUUUGCAUCGGGGUCUCCUUCGUGGUCUUCUUGUGCGGCCAGAGUGUCUUCAUCACCAAGCCGCCGGAUGGCAGUGCCUUCACCGACAUGUUCAGAAUCCUGGCUUAUUCGUGCUGUAACCGAAAACAGCCGGAGCGGUUUUCUGGCCCGAG